AUGUCCUCUGCAGAAGCUUCUGACGUCAGCGCUGGAGGUGUUAGAUUGGAGCAGAGGAGUUCUGAACCAGGUUCAUCUCAACGAACUGACCCGCUGACAAACCAGGAGCCCCGAGAGAGUCACAACCUCUCCAUCAGAACCUCUUCAUCAGAAUCUCUCCAUCAGAACCUCUUCAUCAGAAUCUCUCCAUCAGAACCUCUCCAUCAGAACCUCUUCAUCAGAAUCUCUCCAUCAGAACCUCUCCAUCAGAACCUCUCCAUCAGGACCAAUGGGACAGGUGUUACAGACUCCGCCGGAUCCCCGCCCGCCAUGAACGGAGGCCGGGGGGUCGAAGCUCCUCCGGCCGGUCCGACAGGCUCCCCGCGGCGGGCAGCCAGACCCCGAGCGAACCGCCUGAGCCGCAGACAGACCCAGGCGGAGGAGGACUCUCCGAGGAGGCCGCCGUCAGACUUUAAGACGCCCACCAGAGUGCUGAGGUCCAGGCCAGCGGCUGGUUUCAGCGCAGACUCUCCUCAGAAUGACGGUGACCUCCAGCAGGACAUCAUCUGGGACGCCGCCUCGCCGUCGCCUCGCAGACUCGGUAAAAGAGGUAAAAAGCAAACCGCUGGCGUCGUGGACAUCUCAGAGAUCGUCAGCAGGAUCGCUCCGAAGCACGGCAGGCCGACGGUUGCCGAGCCGACGCUGCAGCAGUGGAUCGGAGACAGCGCCACCAUCCCCUGCACUCCAGACCUUCAGCCUCCCAGACCCAGGAAGAAGUCCCCGAGGCCCAACGCGGUGGAAGAUCUGCUGAAACUCGCCCGGCAGUUUGACCUGAACUUGUUCCAUCAGGACGAAGAGGAAGAAGAAGAGGAGAACCAGAACCAGCAGAACCCGGAGCUGCUGUCGGAGGAAGUUCUGGUGUUCGGCAGCACAGCUGCUCGGCCUGAUGUCCAGCUUCGUCUGGAUCAGCACCUGGAGGACGAUCUGGACCUCCUGUUUGACGGACCGACCCAACAGGUGAGCAGACACCUGAGUCAGGCGUCACCAGUUGGAGCUGCUCUCGCUUCGUCUCGCGGUCCAACCGAGUUCGAGGACGACUGGGAAAACGACGACCUGUUAAAUGACUCUUUGUUGCUGGAGAUGACCCAGAAUCCGCAGAACUUUGCCGCCCCAAAGCACUGCUCCACCCAGAAACCCAACCAGGUGACUCCUGCUGCCGCCGGCGCCACCAGCCAACCGGCUGGAUCCAGAGUAGGAAAGGAGAACCUGUGGCCGAGACCCACAUUCAAACUGGAGACUCAUCCUGGUUUCUCAGCCAGAGGAAUCCUGACCGAUACCAGAACCGAGCAGCAGAACUCGGGAACAACAGCUAGAGACGGCAGGUUUCCAGAUGAGUCCGGGUCUCAGCUCACCAAGGACACGUGUUGGUGGAACACAGUGAAGCCAGAACCACAGAAUCCAGAGGUUCAUCAGAAGCUUUCUGCUGGAAGCUCCAAGUCUGCUGCUUCAUCCACAACUCAGAGGAAACCUGCUGCCUCCAGCAACCUGGACCAGGACCUGGACCAGGACCUGGACUCUUUGUUCUCCUUGGACCCGGUGUGGGACGACCCGACUGACGAUGACCUGCUGUGUGAAAUGUGUGAGCACCUGGAGAACCAGAUCCACGGUUUGGACAAAGUGCUGUCCAAUCAGAGAGCAGCUCUGCAGCCGACCAGCAGAACCUGGGACAACCCGAUCCAGCCGCCUCAGAAACACUCUGCUGGUCCCAGUGGUCCUUCUCUCAGCAGCGUUCAGUCGCAGCAUCACGUCAUCAAAGAAAACUUCACCUUUAAGAGGCCAAUCAACCCAGUUUCCAUGACGACCAACUACAAAGCUAAAUGUUCGGCAGCAGAGAUCGAGCUGAAGAAGCAGCAGGCGAUGGACAGGAGGCGGCAGCGACUGCAGGCCCAGAACCUCCAAGCACCGACCCGACAGAGCAGAAUCGACCCAACGGAGCAGAACCGGAUCAGCU